AUGUUUUGGCCUGCAUGUGUGUAUCCAAGCUAUUCCGACGCGGUAGCACAUACACACGAUGUAUGGGCGUUACGUAAUGUCAAACCCGCGCUGGACGCAGAAGAUCGCGUGCUGUAUUUUUUUGGUGUAGGUCCUCGUGCAUGUCAUGUGGCAGUAUCUGGAUCAGCACCAAAUCUACAGCUUUGUGUAGUACACACGGAUGAUUUACUACUUGAGGACUGGCAAAGGACCGAGGAUUUUGCCGUACUUUGCAGCAAAUAUCAAAUACCCGAGGACGUGGUAACUCGUACAAAGAAUAAUGGAUGCUUUCUACGAGCUUGUAAAGAGGCUGAGACAUAUGUAAGAGACGUACAGACGGAUGAAAAAGCGGGAGAACUGUUUGUGACGCUACUGACGAUGGCUAAAAAAGCUCAUACAACGGGCAAGGCCGUGGUCGCUAGGGAGAGUAUUGCAUCACCUGAUACGACCCCUGUAAAGGUUACAGUCAAGAGCAAGAAGACACGGAAAACAGACGUAGAAAAGAAGACUGUUGAUGUGGCGAAGCUGCUGAAAACACCGGCCAUGGGAUCGAUGGUAGCCAAGUGCUGGCAGCAAAUGUUAAAAUUGGGGUGGGAAACAAUGACACAAGGAGAUGGGCAAGUACUGUACAAGAUGCCAGGUACAAGCUUCUUUGACUUUGUCCCGAACGUCAAUUUGUUUGACUCGCUAGAGAAAGCUUGCGCAAAGUAUUUGAGUGACUGGGUCAAGACGACCACAAUGGAGUCAGAUGCGGACUUUUCUGAGCUGACGGAGUUUUUAUGGCCCUUGGCAGCUGAAAGUGGCUGGGAGAGCAUGUCAACUACGACAGAGACGUUGUAUAAGAAAGCAGGCACGCCGUUUGACCAGUGGGUGCCCAAUGUGACGAUCUUCCGCACGAAGACUCAAGCUGUGGCCAAGUAUCUGGAAGAAUGCGGACUAGCUGGCUCUAACAAUGGCAUCAUUACCAAGAAAGAUAAGAUGCCGGCAGUGUUUGACGCGACUGACUCACGAGUGCAAACGGUAAAACCACACCAACCUGCCGAGGAAGAGCCUAACGUUAGUGAAGAGUCUGAUGGCGAAGACAAGGGAGACAACCAAAACGUAGACAAAAACGUUUCUGUGAAGAAAAUGUCGGUAAAGCAUGCGCUUGGACCGAAAAAAGUGCGCACAAAGGGUGUGGCUAACAAAGCUGCACCAAAGACGCAGCAAGCACAGGCCAUUGUGGAGGCGCCGAUAAAACAAGGCAAACUUGUUAGAAAAGUGCGACAAGAGAAGAAACCUAGCAAAGCCGUUCCACCCUUCGAAAUGUCAUUUGGGAAACUUGAGAUGGAGUUGAAGAAUCGUGGAUGGUACUGGAAAGAUGGAGGCCUUCAGUGGUUGUACUACCAGCCUCAUUGCAAGACAAAGGAGACAAACACUCUUGAGCCAAACAAAGAUUUUUUCCGAGGUCGGGAACAGCUAGAAGCUUAUGCUCAUAGUAGCGGGCUCUAUGACCACGUUCACACAAAGCUAAAAGAAGACCACUACAAGAGGUACGCAUCUGACAGUGAAGAUGAUGUCGGCACUGACAACAACAUUCAGAACCACACGCGCGCUGCAAAGACUCCGGUUCGUGCGCAAGUUGCUGAGUCUAAACCGCAGCUGAAGAAGGCUCUUGUGCGACGUGAUCGUAGCCGUAUUCAAUCUGUAAGUCGAUUUCGACGUGGUCGCUCGAAGUCUACAGCUCAUGGUAUGACAUCUCAGACAACCCUCGCUGAGGUCAAGUUUGGCGAGAUUUGGCGUGUUCUGUCUGAAGAUGGUUGGCACUACAAUCCUGGCAAAAUUGAGUACGAUUAUUUCAAGCCUCACUGCGCCACUGCUAAGGACGGCGAAGCAGGAGUGGACUUCUUCCAGAGUAAGGACUUGCUGGUUGAGCAUUUGCAAACCAGUGGACUGUGGGACAGAACAGCAGCGCGUGUUCGUGCUGAAGCAGCUAUGAGCUCAAGCGAUGAAGACAUGAUGAAUAGCGAUAAUGAAGCAGUUACUCCACUACAAAAGCGCAAACGCGAUAUUAUCAUGCCUGACUGUCAGCAAGGAAGCAAGAAACACAAGGACGCUUCACUUUUCCGUACUCCAACAGAUGGCAAGCGAUGUGCCAUUGUCGAUCUUACGGAUGACGACGAGGAUAAGACCAUAUCCCCCGAUGCUGCUGUAGUGAAGAGCAAAGAAAGCCAAAACCAUGGAAAUGGGCGCCAGCCACUACGUAGUCUUGCGAAUAGUUUCACGCCUUCACCGGGCAUUACAAGGAUGGAAAAGCAUUCGUUAGUUACUAGCAAUGAUGUUGAGGUCAAACCCACAAAGGAUGCUGGUCCCCGCGAAACGAUUAUACGCUCAAUCCGAAAGCUCACGUCGGCGUAUAUCCCAUCCAAUUUCCGCCAUCGUGAGAAGGAGUUUAGCGAGAUUCGUGAGUUCUUCAGUGACUGCUUCAAAGGGAAGAUAAAUACCAGUCUAUACAUUUCCGGAGCGCCAGGGUGCGGCAAGACCGCUCUGCUAAAGUCGACUCAGUCGGAUAUCGACGAACUCUACAGGGAGUGCUGUCCUAAACAAGCCGGCAACAAGCCUAUCCGUUGCCACGUCAACGCGAUGGCCCUUGCUGAUUCAUCAACGUUGUUCUGUAAGCUUGCGGAAGCUUUGACGCGUAAGUCGUUUUCGAGUGGAAAUGAGGCUUUCGAGGCUAUUGAGCGCGCGACAGCUCGCAGACUGAAGUCUUCCAAGACGAUGAUUCUAAUCUUGGACGAGAUUGACACGCUUUUGAAACAUAACGGUACUGAGAGCGAUCUUUGUCGGCUGUUCGAGCUAGCACAGCGGACUUCCCACAGCUUCGUCUUAAUUGGGAUUGCGAACCAAGUAGACUUUACGGAGCGACAUCUACCAAUGCUUCAGCAGCAACUGCCGGACUACUCGCCGCGUGUUGUCGUCUUUGAGCCAUACAAACACCAGACCAUCGAGCAAAUUCUUAUCGAGCGCCUUGGCGGACAGUCGGCAACAUCGAAGAUGGUUAGCUCGCACGGUAUUUCCUUCCUGGCCCGUAAAAUUGCGUCAACUACUGGUGACAUCAGACUCGCGGUCGACACCUGCCGUCGUGUUCUACAAUACAAACUGGACCAAGUUGAGAAGGAAAACUUGGAAAAUCCGUCGGAUGACAAGGAGCUAGAACGUCCGCUGCCUCUCACGGACGUGCUGCGCAUCAUCAAGCACGCCCUGGAGUCGAAGAGCGCUUCGGCGAUCAGGUCGCUACCGCGCAACUUACAGAUGAUUCUAUUUGCUUCUACUCGAUUGCUUAUCGUAACGGCUAACAGAGCCGCUUCGGAUGGAAACGAGGUUACACCGCUGUUCAGUGUGGACGAACUGUACUCGUGCUACUGUGAAGUGAGUAAGGAUGCUGGAGUGUUUAAGCCGUUGUCACAGCGCGACUUCAGAACCGCGCUGGAUACUAUAGGCAAGGAGGGUCUCAUUGCGGAGUUAGAGCUUCGGAAGCACCUGAUCAAGCUGCUGUUCAGUACCAGUGAGCUACUGCAGAGCUUCCGCAAGGACCCGUUCUUUUCGCGGCUCCUAUAA